GGUCGGUGGAGAGGAGGGAGGGAGCAUAUCCGGGAGAGUGGCAGCUUCCGACCAGUGGUCGUGCUUCCGGAGAGGCGCUUCCGGUGGCGGCGGCAGCAGCGGCUCUGGUGGUUCCGGGUGUCUUUGUCCCCCUGGUGUCGCGGCCCUGGCCCGCAGGUUUUUCCCCAGGACUCUGAAAGAGGACAGCAUUCCCAAUGUCCCAGUUUAAGCGCCAGCGGAUCAACCCGCUUCCAGGGGGACGCAACUUCUCAGGCGCAGCUUCAACAUCCCUUCUGGGCCCUCCUCCUGGUUUGCUGACUCCUCCUGUGGCCACAGACCUGUCCCAAAAUGCCAGGCACCUUCAGGGUGGAGAGAAGCAGCGGGUUUUCACUGGGAUUGUCACCAGCUUGCACGACUACUUUGGGGUGGUGGAUGAAGAAGUCUUUUUUCAGCUAAGUGUGGUGAAGGGCCGGCUGCCCCAGCUGGGUGAGAAGGUGCUGGUGAAGGCUGCAUACAACCCGGGUCAGGCAGUUCCCUGGAAUGCUGUCAAGGUGCAAACGCUCUCCAACCAGCCCCUACUGAAGUCCCCAGCACCUCCCCUUCUACAUGUGGCAGCCCUGGGCCAGAAGCAAGGGAUUCUGGGAGCUCAGCCCCAGCUGAUCUUUCAGCCUCACCGGAUUCCCCCACUCUUUCCUCAGAAGCCUCUGAGUCUCUUCCAAACAUCCCACACACUUCAUCUGAGCCACCUGAACAGGUUUCCUGCUCGGGGCCCUCAUGGACGAUUGGAUCAGGGCCGAAGUGAUGACUAUGACUCCAAGAAACGCAAACAGCGAGCUGGUGGAGAGCCUUGGGGCGCUAAGAAACCGCGGCAUGACCUCCCUCCUUACCGGGUCCACCUCACUCCCUAUGCUGUGGACAGCCCCGUCUUUGAUUUCUUAGAACUCCAGCGCCGCUACCGCACCCUCCUGGUUCCCUCGGAUUUCCUGGCCGUGCAUCUGAGCUGGCUGUCGGCCUUCCCUGUGAGCCAGCCCUUCUCUCUGCAUCAUCCAAGCCGCAUCCAGGUGUCUCCAGAGAAGGAGCCGGCUGCUGAUGCUGGGGCAGAGCCCCCCCCCACAGACAGCGACCCCGCCUACAGUUCCAAGGUACUGCUGCUCUCCUCCCCGGGACUGGAGGAAUUGUAUCGCUGUUGCAUGCUCUUCGUGGAUGACAUGGCCGAGCCACGGGAGACCCCGGAACACCCUCUGAAGCAAAUUAAAUUUUUGCUGGGCUGGAAGGAUGAUGAGGCAGUGCUGGUGGGGGGCGAGUGGUCUCCUUCGCUGGACGGCCUCGACCCCAAGGGCGACCCGCAGGUGCUUGUCCGCACGGCCACGCGCUGCGCGCAGGCCCAGGCUGGCAUCGACUUGAGCGCCUGCACCAAGUGGUGGCGCUUCGCUGAGUUUCAGUACCUGCAGGCGGGACCCCCGAGGCGGCUGCAGACCGUGGUGGUGUACCUGCCGGACAUCUGGACCGUCAUGCCCACUUUGGAGGAGUGGGAGGCCCUGUGCCAGCAGAAGGCUGCAGAGGCAGCUCCCCCGCCCCCGGAGGUGCCAGUGGAAACAGAGCCUACAGAGCAGUCGGCUGAUGGGUCGGAGCAAGCAGCAGACACCUCUAAGCAGAGUGCCGAGAAUCCGGAGGUCACUGCGCAGCAGGAAGUGGACACCGACCUCCCAGAGGCGCCCCCACCCCCUCUGGAACCAGCUGUCAUGGCACGCUCCCGCUGUGUAAACCUAUCCUUGCAAAGCAUUGUGGAGGACCGGAGGCCAAAGGAAAGGAUCUCUUUUGAGGCCACGGUGUUGGCUGAGCUGUUUCUGGAGAUGCUGCAGAGGGACUUUGGCUAUAGGAUUUAUAAGACGCUCCUGAGCCUUCCUGAAAAGGUCGUGGCCCCACCUGAGCCUGAGAAGGAGGAGGCAGCCAAGGAAGAAGCAGUGGUCAAGGAGGAGGCCAAGGAGCCCAAGGAUGAGGUACAGAGUGAGGGCACAGCUGUGGAGGCAGACGCCCCGCCGAAGGAAGAUGGGCUUUUGCCGAAACCCCCGUCUUCUGGGGGCGAAGAUGAAGAGAAACCCCGGGGCGAGGCGUCCGAGGACCUGUGUGAGAUGGCCCUGGACCCAGAGCUGCUGCUGCUGAGAGACGACGGGGAGGAGGAGUUUGGAGCGAAGCUGGAGGAUUCUGAGGUCCGGUCGGUUGCCUCAAACCAGUCAGAGAUGGAGUUCUCGACCCUUCAGGACAUGCCCAAGGAGCUGGAACCCUCCGUUGUGCUCCCCGUGGACUGUCUCCUUGCUUUUGUCUACUUUGACGCCAACUGGUGUGGCUACUUGCACCGGCGAGACCUGGAGAGGAUCCUGCUCACCCUCGGGCUGCGGCUCAGCGCCGAGCAGGCCAAACAGCUGGUCAGCAGGGCGGUGUCCCAGAACAUCUGCCAAUACCGGAGCCUCCACUACAGCCGCCUGGAGGGCCCGGACGGGGCGCUCCCCGAGGACCUGCUCUUUGGGAACCUGGACCUGCUGCCUCCUCCCGGGAAGAGCGGGAAGCCAGGUGCGGCCCCGGCGGAGCACAAGGGCCUGGUGUCCCACAACGGCAGCCUCAUCAACGUGGGGAACCUGCUGCAGCGCGCGGAGCAGCAGGACAGUGGGCGGCUCUACCUGGAGAACAAGAUUCACACACUGGAGCUUAAGCUGGAGGAGAGCCAUAACCGUUUCUCAGCCACUGAAGUGACAAAUAAGACACUGGCAACGGAAAUGCAGGACCUGCGGGCCCGGCUGGCCGAGGCUGAGGAGAUGGCCCGGACAGCCGAGCGACAGAAGAACCAGCUUCAGCGGCUGCUUCAGGAGUUCCGAAGGCGCCUGACCACCUUGCAGCUGGACACACAGCGGAUGCUUGAAAAGGCUGACAGCUGGGUAGAGAAGGAGGAGCCAGCACCAAGCAACUGAGGGGCCUGGUGCAGGAGCCGCCGUCCUGUGAGGUCAGCGAUGGAGCCUGCUGAAGUUAGAGCCCAGCAAGCAGCCAGAGCAGGACCUGGGGCUGGAGGCAGGGGUGGCUGCCCCGGCGGCACUCGGCCCCUGUCGAGGCGCUCAGGCCGUCAGGGCGGGGUCUGUCUGUGCCACGUGGGUCGGAUGAGUGAGGAAGCCGGUUCCGCGCGCAACUAAAUCCAUCUUGUGCACCCCUCGAAUGUCAUUUUGCCCUCUACCUUGGGAUUCCUCCUGGGGCCCUUUCGUCUUGUGCUGACUUUCUCCUGUCCUCUUCCAGUUUAGAAUAAGACAGGGCAGGAAAAGACUUUCAAGUCUUUCAUAAGGUCUGAUGCCAAUGAACUAAAGCGGCAGAUGUGGAGUCUGGCUGGGGGUAAGAGCCCUUAUAGAUGGCACGAAUCCUGCAGGUUCCAGGAGCAGGUUUUUGGGGAGAGGGCUCCCCGGCCAGCGCAGGGACAGGGUCAGUGCUAGCGAGCGUCUGGUGUGGGGCCAUGUCUGCCAGUGAACACUGUUCCAGCUGCCCCAGACGUGCCAGAAGAACCCAGCACCCGUCCCCGGCUCCGUGUGUUCAGAAUGUGGUAUUGGCUCUGGCCCAGCCUUUCCCCUUCCCCACAAGUCUUGCCUCUUUCCAUUAAUCCGUGGUUUCAGUUUGACUUUGUAUAUAAAGUUGGUUUUCUUUUCUUUUUUUUUUUUGGCUUUUUGUUUUUUAAAUAAACCAAAGUCAAAAACAAA